UUAUUAGCCAUGUGAUCGACGUCCAAUUGCUUAUGAUCUAACAAAAACUCGACCAAAACGUGAUAAUCGAGAUAAUAAAUUAGAAGAAUUACCAGAUAAUUUUUAUGAAUUAACAGCUGAUGAUCUUCGAUCUGUACUUAAUAGUUUAAAGCAACAAAAUACGAAUGAUAAUCCAUUAGAAACUCGUAGUAUGCGUGAUCGAGCACAAUCAGCUCGUAAUAUUAUUUAUGAACAAAUAGCUAUUCGAUUUAUUGUUAAUAAUCGUUAUAUUCUUCAAGGAUUAUUUCGUCCUGAUGAACCAGUUUCUCGUCUUAUUGAUUUUAUUCGAAUAAAUCUUAUUUGUCCAUAUAUUAAUGAAAAAGAUUUUUAUUUAUAUACAUCACCACCACGUGUUAUAUUAUCUGAUUUACGAAAACCAUUAUUAUCUUAUGAUUUAUCACCUGCUGCUUUUGUUUAUCUUGGUCAUCGAACAAUUUCACCACUCAAUAUACAACUUGCAUCAAAUAUUCCCAUACGAACAAUUGAUGAAGCUAAUCAAUUAGCUGCACAAUAUGUUUUUAAUCGUUCAAGACCAAUGAAUGAACGUGAACGUGAACGUAAUAUUUUAUAUAAUGAAAGACCAACAUCAGCAUUAAGUCUUACAAAUCGCUCAACACCACGUAAUCCAACAAAUAGUAAUAUUGAUGAUAAAGUACUUCGUGAUAAAUUACGUAAAUUUAUACCUGGUAAAAAAUAA